AUGAAUCACAUGGAUGAGGAGCAGCUGAUUAAGAAGCCCUCACGGUUUGAUCGGACCAACAUUAUUAGCAGAUCGUAUUGCAUAUGGAUUUAUAAGACAUUUAUUAGGGGUUUGAAGAAAGACGUGGAAAUCACUGAUUUGUACAAAUGUCCCAAAAAAGAUGAAUCACAAAUUUUGGUUCAACGACUCGAAAGGAAUUGGAAUAAAGAGUUAAAGAAGAAGAAUCCAAGUUUCACGAGGGCUACCAUCAAGACAUUUGCCCUCCAAAUGCUUAUCCCUUUCUGUCUCAUCUUAUUUUGCGAAUGUUUCCUAAAGAUAGUUCAGGCCCUUUUGCUCGGUUGGGUUAUCCGCUACUUUGCUAAUAGCGGUGACGUAAGCUAUGAAGACGCCUGUCUGUACGCCGGGGGUGUUGUCGGCACCUCAUUGUUGUAUGUCGUGUGCUAUCAUCCGGCGGCUGUACUCGAGUGCAGGGUUGCCACUCGGGCGCGGGUCACGUGGUGUACGCUCAUGUAUAAAAAGGCGUUGAGACUAAAGCCGUCGGCGUUUGGAAAGACAACAAUCGGGCAGAUAUUAAAUCUGAUGUCAAAUGACGUGAGCAGAUUUGACGAGUAUUGCAUUCUGGGCAAUUAUAUGUUUGUCGCACCCAUGCAGACAAUUAUUGGCAUUUAUAUCUGCUAUACAUACAUCGGUUGGACGUGUUUUAUAGGACUCGCCAUACUUUUCUGUUUUAUUCCUUUCAAUAGUCUGACCGGAAGAUUAUUUUUAAAAAUUAGGACAAAAGUUGCCGCGCUUUCCGACAAUAGGAUCCGUUUAAUGAAUGAAAUAAUCAAAGGGAUGGCAGUUAUAAAGAUGUACGCCUGGGAGAGACACUUCUCUAAUCUUAUAUCCGAGGCCCGAAAGAAAGAGAUGACAAAAAUCAGAGGAUCAACGCUAUUGAGAGCGCUUAACAUUUCCAUAUCGUUAAUCUCCGCUCGCGUUAUACUGUUUGCUAUAUUUAUCGUAUAUGUGUUGACCGGCGGACAACUGAAGGCCGAGAAAGUGUUUGUAACGAUGUCUAUAUUCAAUACAAUCCGGAACACAAUGACCUGGUUUUUCCCGCAAACCAUCGCAUUGGCCGCUGAAAUAAGUGUGUCCUGUAAACGGGUUCAGAAAUUUUUAAUGUUGGAAGAAAUAGAGGACAAAAGUAUUGAAUACAAAGACAACGGAAAUGAGAAGAAAAAUUUAAUGGACACCAAAAUGAAUGACAAUAACAACGAAUCGUGUAAUAUAUGUGUGAAAGAGAUGUCCGCCAAAUGGAUACCUGAUAACGAUAUCUCGACACUAAAAAACAUUUCCUGUUCUGUAAAACCGGGAGAAUUAUUAGCAGUGAUCGGACCGGUGGGGUCGGGAAAGAGCUCAUUCCUGAUGUCUUUGAUGAACGAGAUUGAAGUGACGUCGGGAUCGGUAGAAGUGAAGGGGAGUAUAGCGUAUGCGUCUCAGGAGAGCUGGUCUUUCAAUUCAAGUAUUUUACAAAACAUAAUGUUUGGAAAGACUUACGACUCGAAGAAAUUCCGAGAAGUGAUAAAUGUUUGCGCAAUGAAUAGAGACUUAAAACUGUUUCAUCUCAGGAGAGCUGGUCUUUCAAUUCAAACUUACGACUCGAAGAAAUUCCGAGAAGUGAUAAAUGUUUGCGCAAUGAAUAGAGACUUAAAACUGUUUCCCUUCGGAGAGAAAACAUUAGUCGGAGAGAGAGGGGUGUCGUUGAGUGGCGGACAGAAGGCCAGGAUUACAUUAGCUCGUGCCCUCUAUAAUGACGCCGAUAUCUACCUAUUGGACGACCCAUUAAGUGCCGUCGACUCUGAAGUUGCAAAACAUAUUUUUGAAAAAUGUAUAACUGAUUAUUUGAAGUCCAAAACAGUAGUAUUAGUCACACAUCAAAUCCAGUUCAUUAAAAAGGCCACAAAAAUCCUAGUGUUAAAAGAGGGCCGACCCCUGGCUUUUGGAUCAUACGAUGAAUUGAUGGAAUCGGGCAUUGAUUUCAUGUCUUUAAUCGAAGAGAAAAAAGCGGAAAAUGAAAAGAAAAAAGAAGAGAAGAAUAAAAGCGAAGAAAUAUUAAUCGCAGAAACAAUUAUCGCCAGAAAGAGGACAAUAAGCGCGUUGUCGACCAAAUCAGAUGUUGACGUAGAGAUCAGUGAUCCUAAGUUAGAGAGUGAAGUGAAAGCAACAGGGUCAAUUGACGCACGGGUUUACUGGGAUUAUAUCAAAGCCGGCGCCGGUCCUAUCCUAAUGACUUUGGCAGUCCUGUCAACACUUGUUUCUCAGGCACUCUUUCAUUACAGCGAUAUAUGGCUAACCGAUUGGACUAAUGCUGAGGACCAAAGAAACGCAACCGAAGAAUACAUGGCGACGACUUUCAUAACACUAAUCAUACGGUCGGGAACUUUCUUCAUGAUGUGUAUCAUAGCGUCAGUCAAUCUUCACAACAGAAUAUUCUUUAAACUAAUGAGAGCUCCGAUCGCGUCAGUCAAUCUUCACAACAGAAUAUUCUUUAAACUAAUGAGAGCUCCGAUCGGUUUCUUUGACAACAAUCCGGUCGGCCGAAUUUUGAAUCGGUUUACAAAAGACGUGGGAAUAGUUGACGAACAGUUGCCGUUGUGUUCUUAUGACUUGAAUACUAUUGUAACUCAAGUCAUUGGAUCCAUAAUUGUUGUGGCGUUAGUGAAUUGGUAUCUAAUAUUUCCGGCACUUGGAAUGAUUGUCUUAAUUUUGGUCAUUCGAUGGAUUUAUAUCAAAACUGGAAGAGAUCUCAAAAGAUUUGAAAAUAUGGCCAGGAGUCCAAUGUAUAACCACAUGACCACAACAUUGAGUGGAUUGGCAACGAUUCGUGCCUUCAAAGCCCAGAAUAUGUUUAUGAAUCAGUACUACCGGUACCAGAAUGACCACACGGCCACUUACUUCAUGUGCUUUAGUGCCUCCAGAGCUCUCGGAAUAGUGAUGGAUUGGGUGUGUAUGGUGUAUAUACUAUUAGUGGCACUGUUUAUUAUGAUAUUCCCUGAAGGACUUCCGGGCGGUAGCGCUGGUCUGGCGUUUACGAUGGCGUUGGGCUUAACGGGAAUGACUCAGUGGGGAGUCAGACAAUCGGCUGAAGUCGAGAAUCAAAUGACUUCUGUGGAGAGGAUUCUCGAGUAUUCAAAGCUUGAAUCGGAAGCAGAACUCGAAAGCGUCACAAAACCAGCGCUCGAUUGGCCACAAGAGGGACACAUCCAACUCAAAGACGUUUACCUCACUUAUGAAAACUCUCCGAAACCGACACUAAUUGGUCUGAAUUGUAGGCGGAGAGAAAGUGGGAGUCGUUGGCCGAAUUGGCCACAAGAGGGACACAUCCAACUCAAAGACGUUUACCUCACUUAUGAAAACUCUCCGAAACCGACACUAAUUGGUCUGAAUUGUGUGAUAAGAGGCGGAGAGAAAGUGGGAGUCGUUGGCCGCACGGGUGCCGGAAAGAGCUCUAUAUUGUCCGCACUCUUCCGUAUGCAUGAAUGCGAAGGCAAUAUCAUUAUUGAUGGCAUUGACUGCAAGAGUAUAGGUCUCCACGAUUUGCGCAAAAAAAUGUCAAUUAUACCUCAGGAUCCGAUCGCUUUCAUUGGCUCUUUGCGCAAGAAUUUGGAUCCUUUCGACGAACACUCGGAGGACAAGUUGUGGGAUGUGUUAGAAGAGGUUCAGCUGAAAGAGGCUGUGAAUGAAAUGCCCGGACGUCUGGACUACCAGUUGUCAGAAAGUGGGGGUAAUCUGAGUGUCGGUCAAAGACAACUGAUAUGUUUGGCGAGAGCUAUACUCAGACGAAACCGUAUACUAGUGUUAGACGAGGCGACCGCUAAUGUGGACCAUAAGACGGAUUCACUAAUUCAACGGACUAUUAGAGAAAACUUUGCCGAUUGUACUGUCAUUACAAUAGCCCACAGACUGAAUACAAUCAUAGAUUCGGAUCGAGUGUUGGUUUUAGACGCCGGAAGGAUAAUAGAGUUCGACAGACCUUUCAUUCUCCUGCAGAACAACACCGGAAUGUUCUAUAAGUUAGUCAAACAAACGGGUCUUUCAAUGGCUAACGAUCUGAUGAGAGCCGCCAAAGAGGCCUACGAUUUGAAACCAAGUUCGACAGACCUUUCAUUCUCCUGCAGAACAACACCGGAAUGUUCUAUAAUCAAACAAACGGGUCUUUCAAUGGCUAACGAUCUGAUGAGAGCCGCCAAAGAGGCCUACGAUUUGAAACCCAAUCAUUCAAUUGAAGACAGUAUUAAAGACAACAUCAGAAUUGAAUAA